AUGUUUACUCAAAACAAAAAGUUCGAUUUAAUUGUCAAAAUUCGUAAGUUAACAGUAAUUUUAAAAAAACGUUGGAUCAAGAUAUAGAACGAAUUUUGGUUAAGCAGAUUGCAGAAAAAUGCAAAGCACCUUCCACCUGUAGUCGAGAUGCUAAUUAAUUUUCUUCUUAACAAUGGUGUACAGCGUAAAUUCAGCCUGAGUAGCUGCAUCGCCUGCCUCGCAUGCCGUCCCCCUACCGUUAACCAUCGUUCAGCUCAGUCACCAUUUGGCUGCCGCCAGGUGCACGGCAGCAAAUGGAAACGGCAGAAUGCUGUCAACGAACAACGCCGCAAGGUUAUACCAAAGCUGGUAUAUUUACACAAUCCGUGGAAAUACCUGAUAACCAAGUUCAAUAUGUGGAAGCUGAAGUGGCUUUGGGACUACGGAUUCAAUGAGACCGAAUUCGUUGAAGGCUCCAAGCAGGCCGCCAUUGUUAUGACGGACAUCAUACGACAGCAAAGUGCAGAGAAGAUUAGUGAAUUUACAACGCCUGUGGGCUUCCAGCAAAUCACACGCGACAUGCUUCUAUCGCGGAAUGAUUCGCGACUGCAGCUGGUGCGCUUCGAAAAUGAGCAUCUGCGCCGUGCCAUACCCAUGAAGGUUGCUACACGUCAGAACUAUGGACGGAAAUAUGCAUUUAUCGAUAUGUUGUUUGUCGGUCUGCGGAAUACGAAGGAUUUCGACUCGCCCAGUGAGCUAGUGGAGAUCAACGAAAUUCUGCGUCGCAUGGAUAGUGAAUUGAAGACCCCGUCAGAUGUUGUCUCAGUGCCACAUCGAAUCGUUUUUGCCGAAAUUUUUAUACGGUUUCGUCGUGACUAUACAGCUGAGUGGAGGCGCAAGGAAGAAGCAUCCAGGCAUCCGAAAACUUCGUCCUUCCAAGAAACAGAUGGCAAUCACCAAGAUCAGCAGCCAGCAUCGGGAACGGCACACAAUAUGAUGAUAGGACGUGUGCUGUCGCGCCUCAACGAUCCAGGCUGGUCGGUUUCGUUCUACAAAAUUCUCACUUUCGAUGUACUCAAUUUUGACCCGCAGCCAAAUCGGCGUUCGAGUGCUUGACUGCUGCCGC